GGACUCUAACGCUCUACCAUGGCAACCAUUUAGGUAGGCGGGACGGUGGACUGUUUUUCUUGUGUGCGGCUCCGACAACUUUUCACGAUGGCAUCCUCCACAGUGGUGACGUUGGCGUUGCUGGUAAUGCAGCUCCCCUUGGGGAAAAGCUCGCACAAGCAUCUUAACGAAGGUCAUUAUGUUGACGAACAGCACAAUCCUGAACAUGACGUGAAUGUUCUGCUUGGAACAAAGAACACGGAGGAGAUGAAGAAACUCAGCCCGGCAGAGCAGAAGACAAAAAUGAUGGAGAUCGUAAAGAAAAUUGAUAAAAACUCUGACAAUUUGUUGACUGCAGAGGAGAUCACUUUGUGGAUCCAGCGCGUCUAUAGAAAAUAUGCUCUAGAUGAUGCAGAGGAACAGUUCCCUGGCUACGACAAAGACGGAGAUGGUGCGGUAUCAUGGGAAGAAUACAACAUUGUUGCCCACGAGCAGCUCAUUCACUUUGAUGACAAUGCUGUUCUUGAAGACCCCGAGCAAGAGUCUCUUAGAUAUCUCCACUUGAAGGAGAAGAGGCGCUUUGAUUACGCUGACGUGGAUGGCACACCAGGACUUAAUGUGACAGAGUUUCUGGCCUUCACACACCCAUCGGAAGUGGAUCACAUGGCUGAUUUUGCCAUUGAAGAUGUUUUGAGUGACUAUGACACUGAUAAAGAUGGGUUCAUCAGUCUCAGUGAAUUCAUUGGAGAUGUUCGUAGUCAUGAUGGGAGUGCCCCGUCUCAGUGGGAGAUUGAAGAAACCGUGCGCUUUAAAGAUCUUUACGAUCAAGAUAAGGACGGCAAGUUGAAUCGAGAUGAGCAGCUCCGCUGGGUUGCACCAAAUAGCUAUGGUUCAGCAAGAGAAGAGGCUCUUCAUCUCAUCAAAGAAAUGGAUCACGAUGGUGACGGGCAAAUCUCAGUAGCUGAGGUUUUGAGAAAUCAAGACACAUUCAUGAACAGUGAAGUGACGGACUAUGGUAGACAGCUGCAUGUAUCACAUGAUGAAUUGUAACUUCAACUUGUACAUGCUGGAUGGUUCUUAUUCAUGUUCAUAAAGAUUGAAUAGUUUAUUUGCUGUAUUAAAUUUUAUUUGAAGCUUUUUACGAGUUGCAUGUUCCUCAAGUAGACUUAAUUUUAGCCCUAAACAUUUAAGUAUGGAAUUGAUUAAUAUAUUCAGUUGAAUUAUUUGACGUUCAUAUGUUCCGAAGA